AUUUCCUGUUUCGGUUUCAAAAUGUGCAAAGCGUUGGUGAGGCACGCACAGAUCAGACAGCAGAUCUUUGCGAUACUCAUGGUGAUUCAUUUCUGAAAGCAUCAUUCAGAAAGUGAAAGUAAAGUUCAGAUUGCUGGAGCUCAAACAGUCAAAAUGGCUUCACUAACUGUAUCUGCAGAAGAGCUUUCUUGUCCUGUGUGCUGUGAAAUCUUCAAGGAUCCUGUUGUUUUAUCAUGUAGUCACAGUUUCUGUAAAGAGUGUCUUCAGCAGUUCUGGAGAAUCAAGAAAACUCAGGAGUGUCCCGUCUGCAGGAGAAGAUCCUCAAGAGAUGAUCCUCCAUGUAAUCUUGCACUAAAAAACCUGUCUGAGUCAUUCCUGAAGCAGAGAAAUGAGAGCCAUUCAUCAGGAUCUGAGGAGAUCUGCAAUUUACACAGUGAGAAACUCAAGCUCUUCUGUCUGGAGGAUAAACAGCCGGUGUGUUUAGUGUGCAGAGAUUCACAACAACAUGACAAUCAUAAAUUCAGACCCAUCAGUGAAGCCGUUUCAUCAUAUAAGGAGGAGCUCAAUUCAGCUCUUAAGUCCUUACAACAGAAAGUUAAACACAAUGAAAGAAUGAAAGGAGAGUUUGAGGAAACAGUUCAGCACAUCAAGUCUCAAGCUGAGCACACAGAGCAUCAGAUUAAACAGGAGUUUGAGAAGCUUCAUCAGUUUCUCAGAGAUGAAGAAGAAGCUACAAUCACUGCACUGAGGGAGGAAGAGGAGCAGAAGAAGCAGAUUAUGAAGGAGAAGCUGGAGGAGAUGAACAGACACAUCUCAGCUCUUUCACACACAAUCAAAGACACGGAGGAGAUGAUGCGAGCCAGUGAUGUCUGCUUUCUGAAGGAGUUUCCAGUCUCAAUGGAAAGAGCCCAGAUCUCAUCACAGCCGGAUCCACAGAUGCCUUCUGGAGCUUUGAUUCAUGUGCCGCGUUACUUGGGCAACCUGCCCUUCAGAGUCUGGAAGAAGAUGCAGGGCAUCGUCCAGAACACUCCUGUGAUUUUGGAUCCAAACACUGCAGAACCACGUCUCGUCGUGUCUGAUGAUCUGACCAGUGUGAGAAACAGUGCGGACAAACAACCUGUUCCUGAUAAUCCAGAGAGAAUUAAACAUUAUUUCUGUGUUCUGGGUUCAGAGGGUUUUAACUCAGGAACACACUGCUGGGAUGUGGAGGUUAAAGAAAGUGGGUGCUGGAUUCUUGGAGUAACUACAGCAUCCAACUGGAGGAAGAGAGGUGUUUUCUUUAACACUGAUGUCUGGUGUGUGAGGUACAGAUGGUCUUUUGUUUGUGGUUUUGGUGUUGAACAGCAGCUUGAUUAUGUGAGAGUGAAUCUGGACUAUGACAGAGGAACAGUAUCGUUCUCUGACCCUGUGACUAACACACAUCUACACACAUUCACAACCACCUUCACUGACACUGUCUUUCCAUUCUUCUGGUGUCAUUUUUCUUCCUCUCUGAAGAUCUUAGCGGUCAAUAGUCUGUAAUCAUUACUCCUGCAGCUCUGGAUCUUCCUGCUUUCGUCUUUCAUCGUGUUUCAACAUUUAAUCACUAUUAUCUGAAUAUCAGUAUGGUUGUGAUUGAUAGUUAGUUGAAGUGUGAUCACUGAUGGAUAUUAAAGGUGUCAUCUGAUGCUACAUGCACUUUUACAAGUAGUUUGAACUGAAAUGUGUGUUGGCAGUGUGUGUACACAACCACCCUAAAAUGAUAAAAAUCCACCCAGUGUUUUUUAUAUCAUUAUUUUUUUUAAUCUACUGAAAUCAUUUCCCUUUUCUCAAAUCGAACCGAUCUC